AUGGUGAAAGUUCUUCUUACUUUAGAAGAUAUACUAACUAUAAUAUAUGAAUUUGAAAAGUCUGAUGAAGAAGAUAAUAUAGACAAAGAUUAUGUUGAGAAUAAUGAAGCAGAAUUCAAAUUAUUUGAUAAGGUUUUGAAUUUGGAAGAAAGUUUCAAUUUAAAUUAUGAUAUUUUUGGAGAAAUAAGUGAAAAUAAUAUUAUUAGAAUAGAUAAUGAAAAUCUAGUUAAAGAACAACCAAACUAUGAUUACAAUGUAAAUAGUUUAGUUGAUGAAAUUUUACUUGAUUAA